AUGCCAGAUGUGAACAAGAAAGGUUCUCUCCAGUGCACCUUCUGUAGCGGCAUCUAUCAUGGUGGAAUAACAAGAAUCAAGUACCAUCUUGGUAAAGUUCCUAAAUCCAAUGUUGCAAAGUGUAAAAAAGUUCCAUCUGAUGUGCAACAAGAAAUCCUUGAAGUGCUGGCCAUAAAGUCAGAUAACAAGCAAAAGAAGGCUGAGGAGAAAGAAGAAGAUAGAGCUGUAGUUGAUUUGAGUCAUUCUGAAGGAGAGGAACACAGUGAUGCAGAAGGAAAUUCAGUUAUUGUGGUGAAGAAGAUGAGUAGCAAAGGUCAUUCAGGUCCUAUUGAUAAAUUCUGUAGACUAACAACAGAAGAAAUAGUGGCUGCAAGGAAGGGCAAAGGUGUUCUUUCUGAGAAGGUUCAAUCCAAGAUAUCAACUGAAAAAAGAGAAGAGAAGAGGGAUAGAGCAUAUAAGAGAGGUAGAGGUGUGAUGAACUUGGUAGUUCACAAUGCAUAUGGUGUUUAUUUUCUUGAUUCUGUGGAUUGCUCAGCUGUGAAGAAAGAUGGCAGAUACAUUUUUGAGUUGGUUGAUAAGUGUAUUGAGGAAAUAGGGGUGCAAAAUGUAGUUCAAGUUGUGACUGACAAUGCAAGACCAAAUGAGGCAGCGGCUAGUUUGUUGAGAGCAAAGCACCCCUCUAUUUUCUGGAAUGGUUGUGCAGCCCAUACCAUUGAUUUAAUGUUGGAAGAUAUAGGAAAGAUGCCCAGAGUUGCUGCAACAAUUAGCAAAGCAAAGUGCUUGACUGUUUUUCUUUAUGCCCAUACUAGAGUUUUGGACCUGAUGAGGAAGUACCUUUCUAGAGAUUUGGUGAGGUGUGGUGUUACAAGGUUUGCUACAGCUUAUCUCAACUUGAAAAGCAUGCUAGAAAACAAGAAGCAGUUGCAAAGGCUUUUUAGGGAGGAUGAGCUCCAUGAACUAGGCUACCUAAAGAGUGCCAAAGGGAAGAAAGCAGAGAAGGUUGCCAAAUCUGAAACUUUCUGGAGAGAUGUUGAGACUGCUGUUAUUUACUUUGAGCCAUUAGCUCAUGUCUUGAGGAGAAUGGACAGUGAUGUGCCAGCAAUGGGUUUCUUAUAUGGGUAUCUACAGGAGGCUAAGAAUGAGAUCUCUAAGAGGUUCAAUAAUGACAGGAGAAAGUUCGAGGAAGUUUUUCAGUUCAUUGACAAGAGGUGGGACAGUAAGCUGAAAACUCCUUUGCAUAGGGCUGGUUACUACCUCAACCCUUUCUACUAUUAUCAAAACAAGGUGGCUAUAGAGGACAAUGAAACAUUUAGAGAUGGUGUCAUAACUUGCAUUACAAAGCUUGUUCCAGAUAUAGAGACUCAGGACAAGAUUAUUGAAGAGCUUCAAAAGUUCCAAGAUGCUGAAGGAUCCUUUGGCAAAGAAAUUGCUAAAAGGCAGUGCAAAAAUAUUCAUUUUAAUCCUGCUAAGUGGUGGCUGAAUCAUGGAAGUAGUGCACCAACCCUCAGAAAGCUAGCUGCUAGAAUUCUCAGUUUGACUUGCAGUUCAUCAGCUUGUGAGAGAUGCUGGAGUUCAUUUGAACAAGUCCACACCAAGAGACGCAAUAGGCUGCUGCAUGACAGAAUGAGGGAUCUUGUGUUUGUCAAAUUCAACUCAAAACUGAGACAAAAGAAGGACAAUAAGGAUAGAGAUCCACUUGAGAAACCUGUUAGUGAUGUCUUAGAAGAUGAAGACAAUGAGUGGAUCACUGGUGUUGAGCAAACAGAAAUGGAAGAGGAUGAGGAAGGAGGAAUUGGAGGUACCUCACAAGAGGUUGUAGCUGCACCACCACCAAGGAAGAGAGGUAACCAGAGCAGGAAGAGAAAGAGACUGAUUCCUACUGGUGAUGAUGAGUUAUCUGCUUCAUCUUCUGAUGGAGAAAAUGACACUAUGAUGCAUUCUGAUUCCAUUUCUGUUUCUGAUGAAGAGAUGCAGUAA